AUGGCAAUAAGGAAAAAUGGUGAACAAUGGACAAUAUCCAAAUUUGUGCAUGAGCAUAACCAUGAGCUACUCAUAGCAAGAAGUACUAGCUUGCUCCGUGGACAUAGAGGAGUGACACGUGCUCAAAAGAAGCUCAUUCUCACUUUGAAUGAGUCUGGUGUACCGAUAAGAAAGAUAAUGUCGGUACUGAGUAAAGAAUCAGGUGGUGAAUUUAAUGUCGGUUGCAUUGGCAAGGACGUGGAAAAUUUCAUAGGAAACAAAAGAAGCAAAUUAUUUGAAGAGGGAGAUGCACAAAGAUUAUAUGCUUACUUUCAAGAUAGACAAUGUAAGGAACUUGAGUUUGUGUACUCUAUGCAAGUUGAUGAGAAUUUAUUGAGAACAUGGCAAGAGGCAAUGCUUGGGAAGACUCCUCAAACUAUAAUUACCGAUGACGACAAGGGGAUGACCAAGGCCAUUGCAGAGAUGAUCACAACUAAUGAGUUUGAAGAAGAGUGCAGUUCAAUAUUUCUCAAGUAUGGGCUGGUAGAUAACACUUGGCUACAAAAUCUUUACAACCGACGUGAUAUGUGGGUUCCGGCUUACUUGCGAAGCACAUUUUGUACCUUGAAUCAUCAUUGGAGUGAAAUGGUGAAGCUUUUGCAAGAAGACAAGUAUUUGGCUUAUGUUACGGUGAAUGAAUAA